AUGUGCUUCAAAAACGGAGGGAUCUACAUCAAGCUAGGGCAGCACAUUGCUCAGUUGGACUACAUCGUGCCGGAGGAGUAUGUGAUUGUAAUGAAGGAGUCUAUGCUCAACACGUGCCCUGUCACCCCUUACGAGGACGUUCGGCUCGUCAUCCAAUCAGAGCUCGGAAAGCCACCAGAGGAGAUCUUCUCCUCAUUCGACCCCACGCCUGUGGCGAGUGCCUCGUUGGCCCAGGUGCAUCGAGGCACACUCAAGACAGGGGAAGACGUGGCAGUGAAGGUGCAGCACGCACAUUUGCUUGACACAGCAGCAGCAGACAUGGUAUCAGUGCGCCUUGUCAUUUCCGCACUCUACUGGUUCUUCCCGAGCCUAGACUACAGGUGGCUGAUCACAGAGGUGGAAGAGAGCUUACCCAAGGAGCUAAAUUUCACCCUCGAAGCAUCCAACGGUCGUCAUUGCAUGGCCAACUUUCGAUCCUCACCGUCCAAGCUCCUGAGGGAGUCUGUGGCGGUGCCGAGAAGCUUCCCAGAAUUUACCGGGCAGCGAGUGCUGACGAUGGAGUGGAUGGAAGGCGUGCCUCUGACUGACGUGGCAAGGCUCAAGGACAUGGGGAUCAACCCUGCUGACGUGGCAAAACUGAUCAGCACUGCGUUUGCGGAGAUGAUAUUCCGCCACGGCUUUGUGCACUGCGAUCCCCAUGCAGCAAACGUGUUGGUGCGGCCGAAGCAAGGAGGGCGGCGAAUGCCUGGCGGCUAUGUGGAGCCAGAAGUGGUGUUACUAGAUCAUGGGCUGUACCGGCAACUCCCUGACUCCCUCCGCCUCAACUACGCGCACCUCUGGAAGGCUCUUGUUCUCGCAGAUGCUAGAGGCAUCAUGCAGUAUAGCAUUGCGCUGGGCGCCGGGGCGGACCUGUACGCCAUCUUUGCUGCGACGCUCACUCUGCGAUCGUGGGAGAACAUCGUCGAGGCGUCGUCGGACCAUCUGUUUCUCCCUGACACGGCGGAAGAAAAGAAGCACCUGCAGGUGAGGGAGGGGUGGGGGGUAGGAGGCGUAGGGUUGGUUAGGUUACUGAUGAUGGGCAGUGGCUCGCAGGGCUUCAUGCAGUAUAGCAUUGCGCUGGGGGCCGGGGCGGACCUGUACGCGAUCUUUGCUGCGACACUCACUCUGCGAUCGUGGGAGAACAUCGUUGAGGCGUCUUCCGAUCACCUGUUUAUUCGGGACACGGCUGAGGAGAAGCAGCACCUGCAGGUGAGGGGUUAA